AUGGACGCGGCCCAAUCUUUAGCAACCCAAUUGGAGAUCUCUAUUGGAACGAAUCCGCAGAAGAGGAAGUACUCGCGCACGGCAAUAACAUGGCCACGAAAGCGAGCCACGCAGGCAUGCCAUACAUGUCGCUUCCGCAGGACCAAAUGCGAUAAUACUCGCCCGGCAUGUACUUCGUGCGUUCGGCUUGGGGCCGAAUGCACCUAUCAGGACAAAGAUCCCUCUACAUUUGAUGCUGCAAGUCUCGCUAUUCUCAAACGAUUAGAUGAUCUAGAAUCGAUAAUCCAGACCGGAUUCAAUAAUGAGCCAUCUCCAUCGGUCCACUCCCAUGGAAUUUUCUCAUCACCCUCUAUCACCCAGGAUCAUUCAAGCUCUCCUAUGAUCAGUCAAGACAAUCAAUGGAAGUUGCGUUUUAUAAAUCUUGAAUCUGUCCUGGAGUGGCCGGUCUUUGAUCGCCACAAUUUUCAUCAGCGAAUACACUUGCUGAACCCACCUAAUCAUUCAAAACCUGCCCCAGUUCCACCGAUUUCUAUUGAGAUUGACCCUCAAGAGACUGAAUCUCUGAUUCGAACCUUCUUUGAUUAUGUCAAUAUAUUCAAUCCCAUCUUAGAGGAGGAAGACAUCCAAGAAUGCUCUAAUGCAGCAUGCUUCAAUGGUAUUGGCUGGGAUGCAAAAUCCUGCCUUCUGGUUACGCCAUUCUUUAACAAAGAGCCCCACGUUAGCCCUGCAGGAGACUUCCAUCAAUCAGAACAAUUCCAGCGGGCCGAGUCGUACUUUAGUGCGGCUCAAUCUCGCAUGGGCUCACUCCUUUGCAGAAGCGGCGUGACUGAAGCACAGUGCUUCUUUCUUGCAGGCGCAUAUUUGAUGGCAAAUCUCGAACCGGUUCCCGCGUGGAGGAUGUUUGUACAAGCAUUAGCCUGUUGUCAGGGCUUCUUUCUUGAGACUGCAACUGAGCCCAUCCACGACAGCGAAUGGAAUGCAAAGCAGCGAAUAUACUGGACGUGCUUCAAAUCUGAGCUGGAGCUUCGGCUGGAGUUGAAUUUUGGACAAAAGAGUGUUCUCGACCUCAGCUAUCCAACGUUGUUUCCGUCUCCUCCUGAUCAGCUUAGAACAAAGGACGAAGCGGCAUGGUACUUCUAUCUCGCCGAGAUUGCUUUGCGGAGAUUGAAGAACCGGAUUCUGGAUACGGUAUACCGUCACGACAAUUCUUCCUCGAAAUCGGACAUUGAAAAUGCAAUCCUCGAUUUUGAGGAACAAACUAAUGGAUGGUAG